GUCGCGACGCGAGGCGCCUGCCCACAUCGCCGCUAGUGCAGUGCCGACCACGCGUUACGUUCAACCUCUCGAAAAAACCGUUAUAUCUCUUUCUCUAUCUUUCACACUAGAAAUCAUCCAAAAAGCGAGAGAGAAAGAACCGAAUCGGAAAAACAAACGCGAAAACAUCCCUUCAUUUGUUCAUAAUAAAGCAGAGUGUGCGCGCCUACUUGAUCUCCCUGGCAGUUUAACGGAAAACGCGUUGUUGUCUCUGGGCAUGUGCAUGCGAGUGCUUCACCACUCGAGAAUGCGCGAAGCGUGACCAAGUUUAAAAAAAAAACUUAAACCAGUGUUUCCCAACCGCACGAAAUGAUCGAUUGGGUUUCGAUUGUGCGGCAUUCGCGUCGCCGAUUCUCCAAUUACAUGUACGGCGUUCCCAACAAGGCGCGAAAGAGACGCAAGCAGAGACGGGCACAGCAGAACGGCCCACACGACUCGAAUCAGCCGCACUCCUCGAACUGCUCCUGCUGUUGGACAGACGUUCAGAAAUCCCGUUACGCCGAAGAUGAUAUGCCGCCGCCCCCGUCGCCGCCCCACAUGCGCGAGGUCUCCUUGGAUACCAUCGUUGCAUCGAAGCACGGAUCCCUGGAGCGCGUACCCAGGCGUGAGACUUCGCUGGAUAGGGAAACCUUCUCCUUUGCAAAGGUAAGCAACCAAACAUACAUUUUACUGUAA